CCAUUGAAAGUAGCAGCUAACCAUUUGCAGCUUUAAGACUUCAAGAAAAUGGCAACACAAGCAAUGAUAUCAUCAUCUCUCACCUCAUCAGUUGAGACUGGUAGGCAUAUCUUGAGUGGAAAACCACUACAAACUUCAUCAAAAAAGGUCUCAUUUGUUGUUAAAGCUGCUGCUACUCCCCCUGUUAAGCAAGGAGCAAACAGACAACUAUGGUUUGCAUCCAAGCAAUCACUCUCGUACCUAGAUGGCAGUCUUCCAGGUGACUUUGGUUUUGACCCACUUGGUCUAUCAGACCCAGAAGGUACUGGAGGGUUCAUUGAACCCAAAUGGCUAGCCUAUGGAGAAAUUAUCAACGGACGAUUUGCCAUGCUAGGUGCAGCCGGAGCCAUUGCACCCGAGAUUCUAGGAAAACUUGGACUCAUUCCACCAGAGACAGCCCUCCCCUGGUUCCAGACCGGUGUUAUCCCCCCAGCAGGCACAUACAGCUACUGGGCUGACCCAUUCACCCUAUUCGUGUUAGAAAUGGCACUCAUGGGUUUUGCAGAGCACCGACGACUCCAAGACUGGUACAACCCCGGGUCAAUGGGGAAACAAUACUUCUUGGGGCUUGAAAAAGGGUUUUCAGGGUCGGGCAACCCAGCAUACCCAGGUGGCCCAUUCUUCAACCCACUUGGUUUCGGGAAAGAUGAGAAGUCGAUGAACGAGUUGAAGCUAAAGGAAAUCAAGAACGGUAGAUUGGCCAUGUUAGCUAUUUUAGGUUAUUUCAUUCAGGGACUGGUCACAGGUGUUGGACCAUUUCAGAACCUUUUGGACCAUUUGGCCGACCCAGUCAACAACAAUGUCUUGACAAGCCUUAAAUUCCACUAGACUCUAUUCAUUUAUGUAAUAUCAUGGGCAGAGUUUAUUUGGAAUAUUAAAAAUUAAUUGGUAACAAUAUUAAUGACAUGCUAAGAUUUAUUGAAA